UCAGCUUGUCUUUGUGAACUAGGAUGUGUCGGGAGACGGUAUGUACCAAGCGGAUCUCAAAGCAUGUUUGGGGAACAAUAACCAGUGGAAAGAAGUCACAGUCCUCAUUCAACCAGCUUAGGCUUAUCAUUGCGAGUUGUGUUCAUAGUCUGUUGUUAAAACACACACCAUGGACUUCAGUCAUACCCCUCAUCGUUACGACAUCGCGGUGACGCUCGUCACAGCAGCAGUGCUGUUUUUGUCGUUUACAUUUCUCAGAUGGGUUUCGAAAAUUGUGUCACGUUUCAGGUUUUACAAUUCACUCCCGGGGGGAGACCGACUUCUCCAUCAUCACGGGCAACCUGCACUUGUUCCCUGAGGACGAGGAGCGUCGCCUGGAGUAUGAGCUGACCCUCACCCACAGGUUCCCCAAGAUGUACAGAGUGUGGUUUGGACCCCUGGUCCCCUCGAUUCAGCUCUGCCACCCCGAGACUGUCAAGGUAGUGCUCAAAACAGCAGCUCCCAAGCCGUACGGUCUGGGGUCCGUGUUCGAAUUCUUCAGGCCCUGGUUGGGGGACGGGAUCCUCAUUUCCAAAGGGGCGAAAUGGCAACGCUCGCGUCGUCUCCUCACACAUGCUUUCCACUUCAACAUCCUGAGACCUUACGUGGACAUCUACAACGAUGCCGUUAAUACUCUACUGUCUAAAAUCGAUAGCUACGCGGAAAGGGGAGAAAGCUUUGAUUUGUUCAAAGUUAUAAAACCGUGUACAUUGGAGAUCCUUCUGCGGUGUUGCAUGACGUGUGAAGAUGACAUUCAGAAUGCCAGAACCGACCACCCAUAUCUGAAGACAGUGGAAGAGCUGACAGAACUGGUGGUCAACAGACUCAGGACGCCCUUACACCACAUACAGUGGUUGUAUGAUCGGUCUGAGAACGGGAAGAGGUUCAAACAGCUGACCGACUACGUCCACAACGUCUCUGCUGCCGUCAUCGCCGCCAGACAAAAGACACUGUCAGACGAAGGGACGCCGGGGACGCCAGAGACCCCGGGGACGUCGGGGAUGCCAGGGACACGGUACUUGGAUUUUCUGGAUAUCCUGCUUAGAGCCCGUGACGAGGACGGUGUGGGGAUGACCACAGAUGAGAUCCAGAACGAGGUUGACACCAUCCUGUUUGAAGGUCAUGAUACAACAGCUAGUGCCAUCUCAUGGACGUUGUACUCCAUGGCACAGCAUGUCGACUACAGACGGAGGGUUCAGACAGAACUAGACGGGGUCCUGAACGACGCGGACACCAUCACCUGGGACGACCUUCCGACGUUGGAAUACCUGACCCUGUGUAUAAAGGAAUCCCUUCGAUUCCACUCCCCCGUCCCCUUCAUCGCUAGGCAGACGGAAGACGACGUCAACAUCGGCGGCGUGAUGAUACCGACAGGGAGCAUAGUCUCAGUGUCUAUCUACAACCUCCACCGCCACCCGGACCUCUGGGAGGAGCCAGACGUGUACCGGCCAGACAGAUUUCUCCCAGAGAAUAUGGCAAACAUGGACUCUUUUUCGUUUGUGCCAUUUUCAGCCGGCCCGAGAAACUGCAUCGGACAAAAUUUUGCAAUGAACGAACUGAAGGUGGUGAUUGGAAAGAUACUUAAAAGAUUUGACCUUGUGCCAGACCACAGCCACGCCGCGCGCCACAGUGCAACCGCUGUUAUGCGAGCGGUAGAAGGAUUGUGGGUAUUUGCCAGUCGCAGGGAGCCUUCACUGAACACAUAGGACCCAAACAUACAACACAGCAAACGUCAUGGUGACAGACAGACCAACUUAUGUUUUAGGUUAAAAAUGAUUACCAUUGGUCAAUUACAUUAUCACCAAAUGUCUAAAUUUAGCUAUACCAGACUGAGUACUGACUUAACUUUCAACAAUUAAACAUAUUUUAUGAUAUAUUCCUUUCAUAUAAGAACCCUUUCAACACCUUUCACUCCUGACCUUUAAACCACCUUGCCAGCAGGUGAGCAAAUUUCACACUCGCCUUAUCCACUUAAUGUCGACAUCCAAUCAAAAUGUUUUUUAUAUUCAGCUAAUGGAAGCCAGGAACAGGACAAUAUUUCAGACCACAUUUAAAUUUGUCUAAUGUUCUUAAUAACUACGUUUGACCCAUGGCCCUGGCUUUGCUAUAUACAAAUCAUGGACUUGUGAAAUUAUAAACCCUUUUACAGACAAUUGUAUUGAUGGUUUAGGUGUUAUGAAUCAGUCACAACAAGCAACUAAGACAAGACAUAUCAAUACAGUAUUUUUUAGAUCUA